GGCGACGUGAGCGCGCAGGGGGGCGGCGGCCUCGCCUCCUCUCUCUCUCUGCGCCUGGGUCGGGUGGGUGACGCCGAGCGCGAGAGAGAUGUCGGAUUUUGACAGUAACCCGUUUGCGGAUCCGGAUCUCAACAACCCCUUCAAGGAUCCAUCAGUUACACAGGUGACAAGAAAUGUUCCACCAGGACUUGACGAAUAUAAUCCAUUCUCGGAUUCUAGAACACCUCCACCAGGCAGUGUGAAAAUGCCCAAUGUACCCAAUACACAGCCAGCAAUAAUGAAACCAACAGAGGAACAUCCAGCUUAUACACAGAUUGCAAAGGAACAUGCCUUGGCUCAAGCUGAACUUCUUAAGCGCCAAGAAGAACUAGAAAGAAAAGCUGCAGAAUUAGAUCGUCGAGAACGAGAAAUGCAAAACCUCAGUCAACAUGGCAGAAAAAAUAAUUGGCCACCUCUUCCUGACAAUUUUCCUGUGGGACCUUGUUUCUAUCAGGAUUUUUCUGUAGAUAUUCCUGUAGAAUUCCAAAAGACAGUAAAGCUUAUGUACUACUUGUGGAUGUUCCACGCUGUAACACUGUUUCUAAAUAUCUUCGGAUGCUUGGCUUGGUUUUUUGUUGAUUCUGCAAGAGGGGUUGAUUUUGGAUUGAGUAUCCUGUGGUUCUUGCUUUUUACUCCUUGUUCAUUUGUCUGUUGGUACAGACCACUUUACGGAGCUUUCAGGAGUGACAGUUCUUUCAGAUUCUUUGUAUUCUUCUUUGUCUAUAUUUGUCAGUUUGCUGUACAUGUGCUCCAGGCUGCAGGAUUUCAUAAUUGGGGCAAUUGUGGUUGGAUUUCAUCCCUUACUGGUCUGAACCAAAACAUUCCUGUUGGAAUCAUGAUGAUAAUCAUAGCGGCUCUUUUCACAGCAUCAGCAGUCAUCUCACUAGUCAUGUUUAAAAAAGUACAUGGACUGUAUCGCACAACAGGUGCUAGUUUUGAGAAGGCCCAGCAAGAGUUUGCAACAGGCGUGAUGUCCAACAAAACUGUCCAGACCGCAGCUGCAAAUGCAGCUUCCACUGCAGCAACGAGUGCAGCUCAGAAUGCCUUCAAGGGUAACCAAAUCUAGAGAACCUUCCCACAGUACACUGUUACCUUUUGACUGUACUUUUCUCUCCAGUUACUGUAUUUACAAAUAUUUUUAUGUUGGAAACACACAAUACACACAGCAUGGAUAUUUCCCAUUCACACGUGCAUGGGCUAAAAUCAGAAAAAUGUCCUUGUCUUAUUACUUGACCUAAUAGUUUCUUAAUAUUUCAAUGCCCCUUGCAGAAAAAAAAAUAUUACACGCUAAAUAAAUAUUCUCCAUAUUUUUUGGGGGAUGAUGUUCAGCAAAUUAUUUCAGUGGUGACACACUGAAAUUAAUAUGUUACUUACGAUGAAAAAAGCACUUAGCACUAAUUGUAGUUCUUUCAAGAAUCUUUAGAGAUAAGGAUUACACAUUGGAAUAGUAAAGCAGUGUUUUGUUCUUUUUCCCCUAUUUAUAUUGAAAGAAGUAGGCCAGCAGAGACUUAUGGAUUUUUAAAUUGGCUCGCUUGUUACUAGUUUCAGUCACCAGUGAAGAGCCUGUGUGCUUUGGUAGAUAACGUAUAUUUUAUCUUCCUUUUAUUUUAUUUUUUGAGAGUAGUUGAUAUUUUGAUAACAGUCUCUUAUCUUGCAUGGGUACUAUGUUUCUUAAAUUAAAAGACUUAGUAUUUUGGGUUCUGUACUGCUUAUAGUUGUAGAAGCAAAGGUUGUUUAUGGAAUCAUAGAAAUGAUUUUAUGUAAUAGUUUCUUUUAAAUAAAAAUUUAUUGGGGUACAAUAUGAGACUUUAAUAUAAUAUGCAGUGCAUUAUCCAAAAAGAAGGUAGUUAAUGCAAUGGAAUGUAGUGACAAUAAUUCCUUUUAUUUUAUCUUUUAAUUUUUGGUAUUCACACAGUAAAAUUUUACUGUAUGGAGACUUCCAUACAUUCUUGUGGCUACUCUUUUUAAUUGGACUGAGAUUGUGUUUGGCAGCUUAUUUUGGGGUGUGUGUUUGUGUGUGUGUGUGUGUGAUUUUUGACAGAGGUAUUAAAAGCUAGCCUAACUCUUGUCUAUAAAGAACAUUCAGUAUUUAAGGGACUUUUCUUUUAUUCUCUCAUUUCUAGUGGCAUUAAAAAUAAAAAGACCCUAGCAUUUCUAAUAUACUUGAAUCCCUAAGUCACCUAAGUCUUCACUUUUUGAGACAGACUGAAUACAUUUAAAAUUCAGCAAUAGGAAAAACAAAACAUUGCACCAAGCAAAUAAAUACAAAUACAGUUAAAUGCAUUAAUUGUGAACAUAAUCAUGUUUAAAUUGUUACUAUGCAGCAUAGAACUUCAUUCUUAUGGUAUACAUGGGUUCAAACUUUAAGUUGUUUUUAGUACAGAUUAAAUGAAUCAAAAGCAUUUGUAAGUGAUGCUACUGUAUUAUGAAAGUCUUCAGCUAAUUUUAGAUUCUAGAAUGACAGGUAGUGAUUUAUUCAACUUGAUUUUCAGUAAGGAUGGUCCAUGGGACUCUAUUAUUUGAGACAGCAAAUUCCCCUUUUUUAAAACAUAAAUGGUUAAGUCACUUUUAUUCUCUUCCUAAAUCUGGAAUUAAAGUAAUUUCCUGCCGGGGGUGGGAUGCCAAGUUCUUACUAUUUAUGAAGAAGCUCUGUGUGAUACUAGGUAAUGCAGAUACAUCCAGAUGGUGUUUACAUUUGAUUUAUUUGAUACUUUAUUGAGUAAUAAAAUAGUUGGAAGAUAUUUCUUCUAUUCUGAAGAAAAUGUGAUUCAGAAUAUGAAUUUAAAGCUGUUUUUAUAAGUAUUUCUGAUCAAUGAUAAUCUUCAUCUACAUUUUCAACCAACUCAGCACUUCUAUUUUUUUAGAGCCUAUAAUCUUAAUGAAAAUCUGUUUCAUCAGUGUGCUUUAUUGAGGGUGGAUUCUACAGACGUUCAAAAUACUAACCACAGAGUACAAGAGCACUUAGAGCCACCAUUGACUUAUAUCCCAAGUCCAUUUUGUUUUUCUCUGAACUACAAAUAAAAGAUGUCAGAUGAUUUUGGAAAAUACUAUUAUGUUUCCCUUCAGAAUUGGAUUGUUUCUCUUAUGUAGAAAUCCCCAAAGAAUAAUUCCAACCCAUAAUAUCUUUUCAUGAAUAAAUGGAGGAAAUCCCAUUUUAAAACCAUUUUGGGGGUUAAUACAAGUUUGAGAGAGAAAUCAUGGUUUGAAAAAUACUGCAUUGAGAUGAUGACAGUGCCUACAGUUUGAUCAGAUAUGAAACAGCUUUAAAUUCUUAUAUUCACUAUUCUCUUAAUAACCAGUAAAUAAUUACAUUUUCACUCAGCAAAAAAAUUGACACUUAUUAGUGUUUUAUAUUUAAAGCUAAAAAUGGCCCAGUAUCCCAGUCCUAAAAUGGUCUUCACAUAGUAGGCACCAGGCCAUUUUUCAGUUUGCAAUAUUAAAUCAUGGCUGUUUUAUUUAAAACUACAGUUUGAACACUGGAAAAUCAUUGCUCAACGACUUGUAAUUUGGAACUUGGACUCUUUGUCUAGGGUGUGUGUAUAUUUUGUCGGGUAGUAAUACUGCGCUGCCAUCAUGGUGACUGUCCUGGUUCUGUAUAAAUGCCUUUCAUCUGUCCCUCUGAUGUUGCAUGUUUUCAGUGGUUUGGAAGUUUUGUAUAUUUAUUGUAUUAACGCAGAGUGUCAUAAAAUAAAAUACUGUUUACUGGA